GGCAGAGAUCAGUUCUUUACGAACAGCGACACCGAGAGCAUAGGAAGAAAAUACAGACUGAAGUUAAUAACCAAGAGAGAAGUUACAGGAAGGGAAUUGCUCGGGAGAGAAGCAAAGUGAAGUGAAGUUGAUGCAGGUAGAAUUUGUCGACAAGAACAAUCGAGGCAUACAGUACUAAAUUAAAGCGUCAAAGAAGUUAAUUUGAAAAGUAUUGAAAAGCAUGUUAAAUCUUCAACACGUUGACAGUCACCAAACCACCCCAUCUAGUGUGAACAGAAAGCGCAAAAUUCCACCCAACAAGACAAAGAAACUGAAAAUGACGCCUCCAGCAUUGCUACUAGAACGCCGUGGCAGCGUCCCCAGUGACCUCCCCUCGGACAACAGAACCAAUCAGUUGGAACGCCAAGCGCACAUGUUGCAGCAGUGUGGUUGCACGUGCACGUGUGAUGACACGUACCGCGUGCGCCAGUUCUCUCUGUCUCCAAGGGGACUUAAAAAGAGCGAAGAUGUAUUCAGGACGCGACACUCCAGUUCCGGCAGCUGUCUUUCUUUCACAGACUCAAUGGAAGGAAUGCACGAAGUUUUCCGCCACAGAACUGACAGAAAAAGUAGCAAAGAUUCCGGUGUUGGCAGCAGUGAUAUGGACUAUGGCAGGGUGUAUAGGGUGGCGAUACUCGGAACUGGAGGGGUCGGGAAAAGUUCACUGCUCAAACAGUUCGUCACUUCUGACUUCGUUGAUACAUACGACAGUGAUCCCUUUACAGACGAAGGCGAGGAGGACGAGAUGACGGUGUGUGUGUCUGUGAAUAAACACGAAACUGAGCUGUAUUUCUUCUGUGCGGAAAAUGUCCAAGAGGCCAGUAUCCCGGAUGUGGACGCCUUCAUCAUCGUCUACGCCGUGGCUGACCGCUCGUCGUUCGCAGAAGCAGAAGACCUCCUGUUACAGCUGCAUAAAAAGAAACUGACCCAACCUGUGGUGAUAGUGGGCAACAAGAGUGACCUGGUGAGGGCCAGGACUGUCAGUACCCACGAGGGUAAACUGGUGGCCACAGUGUACGGCGCCAAGCAUAUCGAGACCUCAGCCGUUCUGAAGCACCAGGUGGAUGAGCUACUGGUGGGGGUGACCACCCAGCUCAGGAUGAGGAGCGGUCUGGACGCCGACAUCGAGAGUAAACUGGACAAGAUCAAAGGCAGAUCCGGAGACAAAAAGACAAUUUUCCGAAGCAACAGUGCUAAAGAAUUGAAAGAACUUCUGAAAAGAGUUUUUAUCAAAUCUGAUCGUCGCCGAUCGGGACAUAUGGAUCUUUACGAACUUUAAAAUAACAACUUAUCUGAGUCACGUUGACGAGGACAAGAGUGCGUCAGCAAGUUGAAAGCUUCUGUGAUAUGUGCCACCAGACGGCGCUGGCAGCCAAGAUAAGCUCACACUGACUGAUACGGCACAAAGAUAUUGAGUGAAGAAAUGUUAAGAUAUAAGGUGGAAUGUUUCUCAACAUUUAAUUAUAAUUUCACUUUACUGUAAUUGUUUUUUGGAAAUACAGACAUUCUUAAAUUAUAAAAGUAUCAUAUAAGAUAUAAAUUGUAUAAAUAAAAAUAUGUGUAAAUAGUUUUU